AUGCCACCCACCAACACCCCACCUGCUCGUGACGAGUGGAAGGAGGCCGUCCUCAUUGUCCACCCCAAUGUCAAGGAAGCACUGGCUCAAAUUGCGAAAAUCACGAACACAUCAGAGGUAAUCUGGGACGAGUUAGUCAUUUUCAACGCUAUCGAAGCCAAAGGUUACUCGCCGGAAUCAUAUGGAAAAGCAAGAUGGAACCCAAGUACCUGGGCCAAGAAAAUGCGCAAGCAAUGGACAAAGUAUGAACGUGAGAUCGCAUCUACGAAGAAAAAGGUACACGAGUGCCAUCCUGAAUUCCGCCGCAUCCUCCAAGGUCCCCUCGACGAGGCCCUGAGACGUCAUGAGAGCCAGAAAUAUGCCGUCAACUCUUGCUGCGAGUUCGAGGAAUGA